CGCGUCAUAUUCGUGUGUAGUCAACUUACACACUCGUGAAUCUGUCGAAGUUGCCGUUGCUGUAAGCUAUUUGUAUUGAUUUAAUUUGACCGUUCUUGACAUACUUGUGCGAAAAGGAUAAAUUGGGGCGUUCGGCGAACAAACACAAAAAUAAAUAAUUGAUAUACAUUCUUAACUUUCGUCAGUCGCAGUAACUUCUCACCUCGGACUGGAGUUUACCAUUUAGCCUAGCUGCCGUCCGCGAAAGCGAAUAAAAAGAUAAAAUGGGACUCACGUUUUCCAGCCUUUUUUCGAGGCUUUUUAGCAAAGUUCCCAGGAGAAUAUUAAUGGUUGGUCUUGAUGCUGCUGGAAAAACUACAAUCCUGUAUAAGUUGAAGCUUGGAGAAAUUGUCACAACCAUUCCCACUAUUGGUUUUAAUGUUGAAUCUGUCGACUAUAAGAAUAUUUCAUUUACUGUUUGGGAUGUCGGCGGUCAAGAUAAAAUUCGUCCACUGUGGAGGCAUUAUUUCCAGAAUACUGAAGGAAUCAUAUUUGUUGUUGAUAGUAAUGAUAGGGAAAGAAUGGAUGAAGCCAAAGAUGAACUUGAUAAAAUGUUGAGCGAAGAUGAACUACAAAAUGCGAUUGUUCUGGUUUUUGCGAAUAAACAGGAUUUACCGAACGCAUUGAGUACGACUGAUGUUACGGAUAAACUAGGCUUAUGUGGUAAAAGUGGAAGAAAGUGGUACGUUCAAGCGGCUUGUGCAACAGAAGGAAAUGGAUUGUAUGAAGGAUUGGACUGGUUAUCGUCUGAACUCCAGAAAAAAAGUUGAACUUGACGGACCAGUAAUAUCUACAGACCUGUUCUAUCUCGAAAGCUUAUGGCUCUUGGUUCAAAAAAAAUAACUGCAAUAUCUUAUUUGUCACAUGUAGUAACUAAAGAUUGUUUUUGUGAUGUUCAAUAUUAUAAAAACAAUCUAACCAAAUAGGCAAUUCAACUAUUUAUGAGGUUGUAUAGUUGUCUAUAGUAAAAACCUUAACUGCUGCAGAUUUAUGUAUAUUAUUUAUGUUUCAGUCAACGUUUGUAAGAAUAGGAAGCUGUGUAUAUACUUUACUGUUGGCUGUUUUGUGUACACAUAGUUUGCUGAUAGAAGAUAAAUAGAGUUACUUAUUUUCAUUCCAAGAAUUUUUGUAGCCGUGCCUGGAGGUUGAAAUCGGGAUGAGUCCAUCUUGCCUGUAGAUUACACUUCUGAUGGUUAAACUUAAAAUUUGAAUGUCGGACUCUCCAUUUUUCUCUGUGCCAAAAAAUUUAAUUCAACAUUGCAAUUAAUAAUGAUUAUCUAUCUUUUUGAUAAAUAGGACAAAAAUUUGGAAACACAUCACAGAAAAUUUAAAAUUAUCUAAUUUGUAAUUCCUUCGUGAAGGGUGAUGCUCUUCCUUUAAGUUAUUGAAAUGUCUGUUGGAAGUUUACACUUCCUUCUGUGCAGAUUUUCAUGUUUUUAGAUUUUGCUUUGCUGAUUUGUAGAAUAUAUUAAUAGGUGGGUGUUGCUAUUGUAUGUUUCCUUAAAAUUGUGUGAAAAUAUUAUAAUACAAUGGUCUAACUGUA